AUGAUCAAACGAGGGAUCAUUGGUGGAGAAUUAAGUGUUGACUCAUACGUCAAAAAAGAAAAUGGCUCAUGCCCGCUCAUGCCCGAAGAGGUAGGACUUCUCCUUCGAGCCAUGGGCUAUCCUCCUAAAACGAGAAUAUACUUGGCAGGUUCUGAAACCUUUGGUGGUCAACGGGUUCUGAUCCCGUUACGUGCCAUGUACACCAACUUGGUCGAUAGAACUUCUUUGUGCAGCAAGCAAGAGCUGACCAAUUUAAUGGGCCCCGAAACACCACUUCCUAUGGAUCUUUUCCAGCCUCCACCUGCCAAAAGUGUGGAUCAACUCAAAGAAGAAUGGGACAAGGCUGGUCCUCGUCCCCGGCCUCUCCCUCCACCUCCUGAUCGACCUAUUUAUAGGCAUGAAAAGGAAGGAUGGUAUGGCUGGGUUGCUGAAAAAGAUUUGGAACCAGACCCUUCACCUAUUGAUAUUAGAGAGGAAGCACAUCGGUUGCUGUGGGCUGCUCUUGAUUAUAUUGUUUCGGUUGAAGCAGAUGCAUUCUUUCCUGGUUUUGACAAUGAUGGUAGUGGAUGGCCAGAUUUUUCGAGCAUGGUCAUGGGACACAGGCUUUACGAUAUGGCGUCUGCCAGAACGUACCGACCAGACAGGAAAUAUCUUGCUGAGCUUUUCAAUAGUACCAGUAAUCAUCUUUAUUUCCCACCUCGCAAUUGGACUAUCUCAGUGCGAGAGCAUCUUAACAAAAGCCUGGCAGAGGAGGGCCUUGCACGACAAUUUCAUGUAUCAAAACCAUGGUCAUUUCUGUCUCACCCAAUUCCAGAAUGCUCAUGUAUAACUGGCAAGGCCACUGCAAUCCUGGAUUCUGAAAAGGGUGGCAAUCACCGAGUACAUGAAGGGGAUGAUGAGUGCCCCAAGUGGAUGGAGCAAAGUCUCAAGAGAGUUACAAUUCAAGAUAGCAGUGCUAAUGAGAUUGAAUCACAAGAAGAUGAGACAGAUUUAGACGGGCAGAAGGAAUCAAAUGAAGGUAGUAAAACUGUUGCAAUUCCAUCCUUGGAAGAGGAUGAGGAAAUGGAUCCCGACGAUUAAAGAUAGUUGACAGAUACCACCCGAUUGUUUCUUGUUCAGUUACUUGAGUUCAUACACCAGAAGAUUUCCAUUCUUUUCCGGCAUGCUCUUCACAGCUUGAUUUGUUGAGGCAGCGACGAAGAAGUAGAAGACAAAUUCUUUUUUUGUUUUCCCGGGUACAUUCAAAUUAUUUAGGUUCAGUUUAGGGGGGAAAUUCAUCAAUCUCUUGCUGACAUUGCGACCUGCCUCUUGCCGUCAUUGCUCAGCAUUUGGAUUGAGUGGCUGCUCCUAUUGGAGAAAUGCAUCUCCUUCACUCUCCUCCUUUAGUUCCCCAAAAGUUCCCCUUUUCUUUUUCUUUCUUACACACGACACGAGGGAUACAUAAACUGUAUCAGUUUCGGGGUUUUUUGAACUGGCAAAAGUAGUACUUUUUUAUGUUUUGAUACACCUUGAUUGCAGUGCUUACCAUAAUAUGAUACUUGAAUUUUAUUCAAGUUGUAUAGUACGUUUUCGCAAAAGUCCAUUGUAGAUAAGUCCAUUUCAGAAGCUUGGAUAAAAAGUAUUCUUCUA